AUGAAUAAUUAUAGGCAAACUUAUCGCUCUUUCCAUAACCACACACAUCAUCAACAACGACGAUCCUAUAAUCCACGUAAUGCCCCAAGGCGCGCCAAUUAUCAGUCUUCUAGACGACAACACCAGAACGUUCAUAAUAAUCCCCACGCGAAUUAUUCAACGUUUGAAUGUAAUGGUACGUAUACAGCAACUCAUCAUCAUGAGUACUUUGCUCCACAAUUACAAGAUCAAAACAAUCGUAGUCCAUACGGGCUAAUUUCGAGCUCGCCUCUGCCAUACAAUGGACAGGUUGAUGAAGUGUCUGUUGCUACUGUGUUAAUGCAAACUACUACUAAUGGAAAUAUAUUUGAUUAUAUACGUUAUUUGACUAAUCUGGAGGGAAAUUCGAGGUUCAAUCUUAGCCGCAAUGAGUAUGUAGCUUAUCUUUUAGAGAACAAUGACGAUGUGUUAAAGUAUUUGAAAACAAGAACUCAUCAUGCUCCUACUAAAGAUGGAGUCGAUCCCGAAGUAGAAUCAAAGAUCUGUUCUAUAUGCAUAUCGGAAUUUAAACACGAAGAGAAAAAAGAAGCACUUCAGUGUGGACACGAGUAUCAUACAGAUUGCAUCUACCAGUGGUUGGCGAAGAAGAAAGAUUGCCCGAUGUGCAGAGCUUCAGUUUUGCCUUCAUAA